AUGGCAGACCCCGUGGCGAUCCAGCAGGAGAUUGCUGAUAUUGAGAAGAGGAUCGAAGAAGCACAAGCACAACUCAAGGAUGCAAAGUCAAGAUUACAAAAAGCUCAAGAGGCGUCGUUCGUCAACCCUGGUGCGAACAUGUCUGAGGAAGAGAAGAUGGCGCUCAUCAAGGUCAACUUGGCCGAGGUGCUGAACCCAGAGAUCAUGGACGAGGCGCUGAAGAAGCAAGGGCACUUGAAGGUUUACUGGGGUACUGCGACAACAGGAAGACCUCAUUGCGGUUACUUCGUACCUAUUCUCAAGCUCGCGCAAUUCCUUGCGGCAGGCUGCCACGUCAAGAUUCUCCUCGCUGACAUCCACGGCUUCCUCGACAACCUGAAAGCUCCAAUCGAACUCGUCAAGUUCCGCGCAGAGUACUACCGCUACGCCAUCACCGCACUGCUCAAGGCCGUCAAGGUGCCAAUCGACAAGCUGGAGUUUGUGCUAGGAUCGAGCUACGAGUUGAACUCAGACUACACCAUGGAUCUUCUGAGACUCGCGAGUAUAACAAGCGAGGCGGCAGCGAAGAAGGCAGGCGCAGAGGUUGUCAAGCAAACAGAGAAUGCGCCUCUGAGUGGACUCAUCUACCCACUCAUGCAGGCCCUCGACGAGCAGUACCUCGAUGUAGACGUCCAGUUUGGAGGUGUAGACCAGCGUAAGAUCUUCGCGCUCGCAAAGGAUGUCCUUCCCAAGAUCGGCUACAAGGAGCGCGCGCACUUGAUGAACCCCAUGGUUCCCGGUCUACAAGGAGGAAAGAUGAGCUCUUCGGACCCCGAUUCCAAGAUCGACGUACUAGACGACGCAGACGUUGUGAAGCGCAAGCUCAAGAAAGCUCACGCCGCACCCAAAGUCGUCGAAGACAACGGUGUACUCAGCUUCGUCGAAUACGUCCUCCUUCCCGCCGGCCACCUCAUCUACGGCGAGCCCAAAUUCGUUGUCAAGCGCCGCGACGCCGAGCCCCUCACCUACACAGACAUCAAGAAGAUGCAAGAAGACUACUCCAACGACAUCCUUACACCUCAGGACCUCAAGCCCGCCGUCACCGAAGCACUCAACGCGCUUUUGGAGCCAGUGCAGAAGGAGUUCCAGGCUAACCAGGCAUGGAAGGAUAUUGAGCAAAAGGCUUACCCACCACCACCUGUCGUUAAGAAGGAGAAGAAGGUCAAGAACAAGGGUACUUUCCACCCCAAGCGCAACGUAGAGGCCAAGCCAGAUGGACAUGUCGAGGGUGAGGACAAGGCCAAGGUUGAUGUUGGAAUUGAGGGCGGAGACAAGGCUAUUGAGGGUCUGACGCUAGAAGAGAAGAAGUAG